AUGAAUGCAAACACCUCCACGGUGACGGAAUUCAUCCUGGUGGGCUUCUCCCGCCUGGCCCACCUGCAGGGCUUGCUCUUCUCCCUCUUUCUCACUGUCUACCUGCUCACCGUGGCCGGCAACCUCCUCAUCGUCCUGCUGAUCUCCACCGACGCCGCCCUCCAGUCGCCCAUGUACUUCUUCCUGCGGAUCCUCUCGGCCCUGGAGAUCUGCUACACCUCUGUCACCGUGCCCUUGCUGCUGGGGCACCUGCUCACGGGCCAGCGCCGCAUCCCUCGCACGGGCUGCGCGCUCCAGAUGUUCUUCUUUCUCUUCUUCGGGGCCACGGAAUGCUGUCUCCUAGCAGCCAUGGCCUACGACCGCUACGCGGCCAUCUGCGCGCCCCUGCGCUACCCGCUGCUGCUGAGCCGCCGGGUGUGCGUGCAGCUAGCCGGCUCCGCCUGGGCCUGCGGGGCCAUGGUGGGCCUGGGCCACACCUCCUUCAUCUUCUCCUUGCCUUUCUGUGGCCCCAACGCCAUCCCUCACUUCUUCUGCGAGAUCCAGCCCGUGCUGCAGCUGGUGUGUGGGGACACGUCCCUGAACGAGCUGCAGAUUAUCCUGGCCGCAGCCCUCAUCAUCCUCUGCCCCUUCGGCCUCAUCCUGAGCUCCUACGGGAGAAUCCUGGCUACCAUCUUUCGGAUCCCCUCGGCCACGGGCCGACGCAAGGCCUUCUCCACCUGCUCCUCUCACCUGAUCGUCGUCUCCCUCUUCUAUGGCACUGCCAUCUUUAUUUACAUCCGUCCUAAGGCCAGCUAUGACCCAGCCACCGACCCCUUGCUGUCCCUCUUCUAUGCUGUGGUCACUCCUAUCCUCAAUCCCAUCAUCUACAGCCUGCGGAACGCGGACGUCAAGGCUGCCCUAAAGAGAACCAUCCAGAAGAUGGGCCCUGCAGAGAUUUGA